CCUAUUAUAGCUGUGAAUGUGGACUGGGCUAGGAUUCAGUGCUGUAAUCAUGCAAGAGCCAGUGACUGCAGGAGUAGCUGUGUUCAACUGUAUUCAGGUAUCAUAUCUUCUUCGUCAUGGCAAACACUGCAACUGGACUGCAUCCACAGACCCAGCGAGUCAUCUCUGAUCACUUGUCUAAACGAUGUGAGUUCACCAUGUAAACUUGGCUGCAGUGGACUUCACUUCUGCAGCAACUUCAAUAACAGACCGUCUCAGACCUUCAGGCAAUGUACGACAUCAGCCGACCACAUGGCUAAGAACGACUACUACACCUGGGCCAACUACCGCCGCAUCAACCAUCCUCUGGCCACAGUCUUCAUUAAAAAUGUCCAGACCUGCCAUCCUGAACUGUGGAAGGCUUUGGCAUGCAUCAUACAUGUGCAGCCGUGCAAUCCAGUCACUCACUCAACUCAGAUUUGCAGAGAGGACUGUCUUCGGUUGCUAGGAGACUGUAAUAACUCCACCUACUCUACAACUGCUAUUUGCGACAUCAUCACUCCAGCUGCGUCCAAUGUAAACUGCCUUUCCCUUUCCCAGUUCACCAAACCCAGUAAGACGUCAGAGUAUCAGGUUGCCUUGGUAACAAACCCCUGUGAUCCCAACCCCUGCAAGAGCGGGUUCUUGUGCUCCAUAAACCACCUGUGUCGCCACGGCGACCUUGCCUGCUCGCACUACAUCUGUCAGCCGGGGUGUUCGGUGGGUGACGGGCCGUCUCUCCUCUACCCCAGAGGCAGCCGCAUUCGAGUCCCCGUCGAGCUCCUCUCCACCGAGGAUGAUUGUUUCGGUUUCUUCAACUGCACGACUCCUCUCCCUGGCGAGAGCGAGGUGGAGAAUGUACCAGGGACCAGCCCACCACCUCCCACCAUACACUGCGAACAGCAGCUGCAUUGCCCCAGAGGCCACGAUGAUGUCUACCCUCACUUGGCUCAUUUUGAACCAGACGAUUGCAACUUCUGCACCUGUUACUACGGCAGAAUAAAAUGUACCAACCUCACGUGCCAGAGCACAGCUAUAGCAGGUUCUUCAACUUAUCUAAACUGCGACUGUCCCAGGGUGCACCAACCAGUCUGCACCACAGAUGGUCACACUCUCCCUAACUCAUGCACUGCUGUGUGUUUGGAGUACAAAAGGGAGGAAUACAAGAUUGGGGACUGUAAUACGUUCGACCCAUGUUCGGGCCACGGGUGUGACGAGGGGUCAAGAUGUAUGCCGAACCGUCGCGUCUGUCUCCAAGGCAACGCCGGGGAAUGCUCGCAGCACACAUGUGAGCCCCUCUUGCAGUUGUGUAACAGUGUACCCGAUCCGGUGUGCGAUGCAUCCAACAGACAACAUUCCACUCUCUGCAACUUUCUUAGAACAUCUGAAGAUUAUGGCUAUCAUGGCUACUGCAGGGAUGAUUGUUCCCGUGUAAAGGGUCGUCCAGUGUGCGGUGUAAAUGGCGAAACGUUUGAGACUUUUUGCCACGCUGAAAGUGUACAUAUUGCAGUCGACUAUCGUGAGCCGUGCAAAGCUGUGCCUGGCUCAGGUCCAGAAGGUUCAUGUGCUGAUGUUGUCUGCCCGUCUCUGAGCCAUUCCGACUGUAUUGGAGUCAAAUCAUGGAGUUCCUGCUGCACCAAGUGUGGUGGGCAUGUGUCUAUUUUGAUGGACGAAGAGAGCCUCGAAAUAAACAGCAACGCUCUGGGUCAGGGCGUCAUCUCUUCCGUUGAUAUCAUUGGUCGACUCAGGCAUUACAUCACCUCUUUGCAGUGUGACUUGUAUGGAUUUGUGGAGGCGGACCAAUCUCUCUCGGUCCUCAUUCUUCCAGUUAUCAACGCUUCUGCGCCUGUUGUGAUUGAGGUAUGUAACCAGGAGGCCGUAAAACUGGCAACACUGAUCAACAAUAGAGCUCCGUUGCUUGCCUCCGACCCUUAUCUAUCCCACCUCAUCGCCGCCCGUGCCCAAGUCUCACGUUUCCAGUCCACCGCACAGACCGUGGACAAUGUAGGGGGCGUGGCAUCUCCAAACUCCUCCGCCCACCAAUCAGGACUUUCACUUUUAAUGUUUGUGUCAAUCACUUUUUUGUUUGUCUUUGUGUUUUUUGGCUUCUUGUUUUGAUCAUAAAAAAGAAUUGUAACUCACUGCAAGUCAUUUUCCCAUCACUUUUUAUCAUUACCUGGCAUGGUAAAAAUUAAUCAACACUUUAAAAACAAGAGCGUGUAUAUAUAUAUGCAUAAGUAUUCAAG